UGUACUUACACGGCGCGUUCACACGAUAUAUAAUUACAUUUAUAAAAGAUAUCGUCCGGCCAUCUUACUCUCUCACUCACACUCUCUCUCUCUACUCUUUUACUCGCGUACGGUUUUAUCAAAUUAUUGAUAAGAGUGGUUUUAUGUAAAAUUUCUUCAUCGUUGAUUUGUAAUUAUUUAGUGAGCAGAAUUUUUCAUUUUAUUUUACCAUAACGCGCGAUAUAGACUACAAACAUCCAUUAAACAGUAUUUACCUUUUAUUUUUGUGUUAAGAAAUUUAUCAAAAUCAUGCAGUCCGGGCUUCGAAUGCAGGUCUUCUGCACCUGCACAGUAUAUCUUUCUUAUAUGAUGGUGGGCAUCACCCGUGGAUUCAUCAAUUUCUCUCAUAAGCAGCUCUUAGAAGAUAAAACUUUAAACUUGGAUCACGAUUCAGCUUCAUGGAUAGCGAGUUUAUGCAUAUUUCCAAAUCCGAUCGGUAGCUUACUAGCCGGAUACUUGAUGGAUAAAAUAGGACGAAUAUCAUCGCUAAAAUUAUCCAUUGCAAUAUUCUCUGUCGGCUGGAUCUUAAUUGCUUUCGCCUUGAAUGUAAUGAUGCUAUUUGCAGGUGUUUUCAUCAUCGGUAUAUCUGUAGGAAUGUUCUUGUGCAGCUCAGUAUACGUGGCUGAGAUCACCGAGGAAAGCAGCAGAUGUAUUUUAUUAUCAGUUUUCAUAAUUUUCUUCACAUCCGGUAUAUCGUUAUCGUACGUGGUGACUUGUUUCCUUCAUUGGAGAACUUCGGCUGGUAUUUUCCUCAGCACGUCGUGUUUGGUGCUUCUAGCCCUCACUCUGAUACCCGAAUCACCUCAAUGGUACGCGGAAAAAGGCCACAAAGACAAGGCGAUCGCCAUCAUUGAAAAAAUGAGAGAUCACAAGACAUUCGACAAGGAAUCCGAGUACAAUCGAUUUGUCAGCGCUAGAGCAUCCAAAGAUAACAGUGUCGUCUCUGUGGCUGCCAUUGCCAAGAACUGGAAGCCCUUGGGUAUCUUCAUCCUGUUCCAGAUCUGCGUCCAAUGCUCCGGGUACUCGAUUUUGAUCAGUUACAGUAAUAAGCUUUUCGGAAAGAUUGAUUUACCAUUGGAUCUGAACUAUAUUUCGAUCGGAUACUCGUUGAGUAUCUUUUUCUCGAGCUUCUUGUCACCUUUCGCUGUAAUCUGCUGGAGUAGGAAAGCUCUAAUGAAGGUAUCUGGUGUUGGAAUGACUCUAUCUCUGUCUGUAAUGCUGUCCUGUAUCAAUAUGCAAAUCGAUGGGAAACUCGCCUGGAUCAUACCGAUAUGCUCGUAUUUCUACGUGAUCACUUGUACAAUCGGUAGCAUAACUUUGAGCGAAUGUAUGCCUAGCGAACUGUAUAGAACUGAGGUUCGUGGACUGAUGUGUGGUGUGACUCAAGCUUUCUCUACUAUUUUGACUGGAACGUUGAUUAAAAUAUUCCCUGGAAUUGCCGAUCGAAUUCCGGUUACUUAUGUGCUAUUGUUCUUCAUCUUUUUCUCUUUCAUGACCUUACUCUUCGGUAUAUUUAUUUUACCAGAAACCAAAGGUAAAAGUUUGGAUCAAAUUCAAGAAGAAUAUUUUUCAAGGCGAAAGAAAGAUAAUUGCCUUGAAAAUGGCAUCAAACCUGAACCGAAAUAAGCUUAUAAUUUUUUUUUUAUCUUUCGAUCAUUUCAUCGUCAUUUUAUACUAUAGGAUUCAUUUUCCUCAUGUGAUAUUAUUUGUAUAUUACUUUUUAACCUAACGAGAGGUGUAAUUUAUUGUAAAUAUGUAUUUUUUUUCCAUGUUCGAUGUGAACGUCUGUCUGUCUUUAAAUAAGCGCCUGAUUUGUAUUUUAAAACUGAAUUUUCCGCGGCGAAUAGACUCGUCAUUCGUGAUGAAGUUUGAGAACUGAGAAAAACUAGGAGACGUGAUUGAUCUCAAAGUGUACUUAGAUUAUUUAUCUCACUUUUUUUUUUAAUAUAAAAAUUUCGGGAAUGUGUUUAUUUAAAAGGGGGAAAAAAUUUAUUACCUGUAAUGACGAAUUUUUUUCUCGUUUUCAAGUUUUACAACGUAAGACGAGUUGAAUAAUAUUAUCAAUUAACCGACUGAAUAGAAUACUUAACAAACGAGGUUGCCUAUUUCAUACCGUAAUGCAAUAAUUUUUAAGAUAUUUUUUUUCAAAUUUUUUCAAUUUUUUUCAUCGUCGAUGGACGAGUAUUUUUAGUAAGUAUAUAAAACUCGCGAUACCUACGUGUAGUCUAUGAUACCUAAAUAUACAUAAUUUUGUUUCGUU